CUGUUCCUAAAUCAGAACCUCUCCUCUGCCCCCCACAGCUUAUCUUUUGACUGUAGCCUAGGUGGCUUCAGAUUUCCCCUUCUAAGCUUUCCCUUUCGUCGCUGAGCUAUUUAGAGGUGCUCAUGUUUCCAUAAACAAACUUAAAGUAAAAUCUUUCUUCUCUUUUUGGAUCCUUCAUCUUGCCUUGGCUUUUGAAGACACUACUUCCUCUCCUCAUAUUUCUCCCCGUCUCUAGGGAGACACCUUUUAUCUUGUAUCCAAACCAAAAUACCUCUCCUUUUGUCUCUGAAGGCCUAUUAUCUGUAUACAGUGCCUCAAGAUGCUCUUCUGAGCCAGCUUUUUGUAGGAGUCAUUAAAGAAGUUCAAACUCUUUCCCCAGACUGCUCUGUGUAAAGGUUACUUCACCCUUCCUUAUAGCAUCCAAAGACUCCUCUUCAAAGUCCUCAAAGUCCCUUUUCUUUGGUGUAACCUACAGGGGAUCUUGUCUUCAGCUUCCAUGGCCGCUGUCAGCAUGGCCUCACCCCGCUUCAAUCCCAAUCUCACAAAUAAACCAUUCACCAUUACAAGCAGCUCGAGCAAUCCCCGAGAUGACUCCUUCUCUUCACACUACACCCUCAUCAGAGAGAACUUCCCACCUGAGCUCGGUAGCUCCGCUCCGAGUGGCUUGUCCUUCCAAAUAAGCCUCGGUGCAAGGAGGCCAAGUGAUGGUGAGAUAGACAUCUUCGAUGCAAAGAAUUACUUCAGUGGACGAAUGGAUGGUGAUACAGAGCUACAACCUGAGAACAUACCAAAGACACCAACUAAUAAAGAAGAGAAGUCCAGCGUCAAAACCAAGUCAAGGACGAGGAGCAUUGCUUCGGAGAUGAGUGGAAACAGCCAGAUCACUCUGCUCCGAGAGCACCGGAAAUACCCGCUCCCCGGUGGGCAAAGACCAGCCAAUACCAAGAGCUUCCUCCAUGUUUUCCGGUGCUCUUGCUCUCGAAAGAAUGCCGUCGAGGUCGACCAGGAUGCCGGGUCCAGUACUACUCCGAGCAGCCGCAGGAGGACUGCACGUGGUAGAGAGGGUGGUGACCGCCGUCCGGCGAGCCGGCGAUGGGAGGAGCACUUGGGAAGGGACCUGAGAACGGAAAGGUUCGGUUUUGGGCUCAGAGAAGAGGCAAUUGGUUUCCCACCAAAUUUAAAUUUUGGGAUGGGAAAAGUGACCGUUGUAAGGGAUUUGAAAGAAGAGGGAAGGGUCGGGGGAGUUCCCAAGAGGUUCGUGCCUCCUUUCUUUGAAAAAAAUGAUCAUAUAGGCUCCAGUCUCAGAAGGAGCUUGACCAUGACUCCAGUACUCAACCCUGCCGGUAGCGGCGGUGGCGGGAGAGACGACGACCUCGGGAGCGAGUCGAGCUCCGAGUUGUUCGAGAUCGAGAGCAUAUCACUGAAUUCCCAUCCAUUCUUCCCGGCGACGGGUUACGAGCCCAGCGAGGCGAGCAUCGAGUGGAGCGUCGUCACGGCAAGCGCCGCAAAUUGCUCGGUGGCGUCGGAGUGCAACGACGACGGCCUGAGGGGGGGCGGGAAGACUCCGAGGCAGCACCGGUCGGGGCUGCUGUUGGGAUGCGUUAGCGAGAAGGCGGUGAACGUGAAGGCCGACGCCUAUAACUACAAGGUGCCGGAGAGGGUGAGCUUGCCGGCGGCGAGAUACCACGGGGAGAGCUGCAGGGCGAUGGACUUGGGACCGGCUCGGGCUGGACGGGCGCUCUCACCGGGCGGUGUCUCGCGCGUGCGCGCGUCGCGGGCCCUCUACAUGCACUGAGGGUCGGAUUGGGUGGUGGAGUUCGGCGUAGCAUGCGUUUUGCAUUAAAUGAUGGUGGUGGGGAAAUGAGGUGACGAAUAUUUGUGAAGUUUUUAUGUACUCAAAAAUUGUGAAGUUUUUCUUUGGUUGUUGUGAAUGAUGUAAUGUUUUAAAUCAGUGGAGGACUUCUAGAGCAGGUCUCUUUUCGAUCUA